AUGAUUCUUCUCCACUGGCAUGCGUUAACUCUGUACAUCGUCCUCUUCAUCACCUGUCAUGAUGUAUCAGCGGCAUUUGCUUCCCGUGCCCGUGACAUUGCUAUUCGCCAUACCAAGAAUAUAGCGCGCGAUCUGCGUCUGGCCUUCGGUGCAUUGGUGGUCUCUCAACAAACCCAAAUCGUACCCCAGAUGCGGUUGACUUAUUGUCAAAUUGAAACAUCGAGCUCAAGCGAUAGUCAACUUCGCGGUGGUAUAAGUAACGGCAGUAGCAACUCGAGCGGGACCAGAACGGCAACCUCCGCGACUACUUCAGCGACUACUUUUUCCUCACCGUAUCAUUUGGUAGAGUCUCAUAAUGGUACAAAUUUUUUUAGCGGCUGGACCUUCUGGACAACUUCGGACCCAACCAACGGCUCACCACGGGCAACGGUCUCUGGAAACCGUCAAAGUAUCCGCAUAACCACGGAGAGUACAUAUAAUGGUGUCCUCGUAAUUUUGGACUCCGUGCAUAUGCCGACAGGCUGUGGAACGUGGCCUGCGUGGUGGUCUAAUGGGCCUAACUGGCCUAUCGGGGGAGAAAUCGACAUUGUGGAAGGGAUUAAUGACUACACGAAUAAUCAGGCGACGCUUCAUACUGAUCCUGGAUGCUCGCUACCGUCCGUAAGUGCCGAUGUGCUUAAUAUAACUGGUGCCGCGGUUGGUGGGACCAAUUGCGCAGCAAACGAGACCAGUAACGAGGGCUGCGGAUUCCGCUCCGCCUCCGACGUUUCCUUCGGUGCUGCUUUCAAUGACAACGGUGGCGGGGUAUACGCUAUGAAAUGGGAUGACGAUGGCAUUAGAGUGUACUUUUGGACUCAAGACACCGUUCCGUCUGAUGUUAACGCUGGAACGCCUGUCCCCUCCAGAUGGGGAUCGCCAAUGGCUAACUGGCCAUCAUCGACAUGUAAUUCGACUAAAUAUUUUUACAACCAUUCGUUCAUCUUCGAUACGACACUAUGUGGUGACUGGGCAGGUACUGCGUGGAACAGUUCGGGGACACCAGGCCAAAACCAGAGUUGCGCUACACGGACGGGUUAUUCAAAUUGUGAAGAUUUUGUCCGAGCUAGCGGAGCGUCGUUUGACGAAGCUUACUGGGAAAUCAAAAGUGUCAAGUUUUACGAGCUUAGUUGA